GCAAGGCUGACCUCGCUGACGCAGAUUGCGCCGGGAAAGGUGGCGAAGCAACGCGGCGUCUCAGAGCACCUCCUGUGCUUCAAGGCUCACGUGCUGCCCUGCACUGAUUGGCCAACAAUGCGCACUGCCUGGGCCGUCGAGCUUCGCUCACCGAAGGAGAAGAAGGGGGCAAUGUUCUUCGUGGAGCGCGCUUCAACAUUCAGCGGCUACGGGCAGGAGGUGUCGAUCAACUUGUGCGGUUAUGGGUUACCCACGUGGCGAUGGCUACACCAGACUUCAUUGCCUGACCAGCCCAUCCUGUUGCUGCGGCCGUUGGACGACCUCGUACCGUCGCUCCGAAUGUGGACGGCCUGUGUCUUGGCCCCGAAACCACCCUUCUUGCACCAGAUUGUCGGGGCACGCGGGGCGACGCACCAGAUCUUUACCGACUCUGAUGCAGAGUCGGAGAUGGAGCAGGCUGAGGCCGGAAUGCAAGCCCAGCCUGAGGGCAAGGUUCCCAUCUCCGACUCCGAGGAGUCGUCGCAGCCGUCGCAGCGGCUUUGCGUGGAGGGACUCAAUGUCCUCCAGAAGGAGGCCAUCUCGAAGAUCCUGUCGUCUGAUGGGCUGCAUCGGCGUUGCCACCUGCUGCAGGGUCCACCAGGCACUGGAAAGACCCGAGCAGUGGUGGCACUGCUCCAGCAGCUUGCACAAAGGCACAAAUUGGGAAAGGAAGGCCGCAUCCUGGUGAGUGCUCCCAGCAAUGGCGCCGUGCAGGUCGCGCUGGAAAGCUUCAGCAAGACAGAGGAAGGCCGUCGGUGCCCGCUUUGUCUUGUGGGCGUGGAGGAUCGGGUGCCUCCAGAUGGACCUCUUCGUGCAGCUUUUAUCCACACUCGAGUGCAGCAUGCCCUCGCGCUGGUGAAGCAGAGCUUUGAAGACCCUCAAGCGCUGCAAGAAGCGGCGGAGGCACUCCGCACACUGGAGCGCAGCGUACCUGCGGCUUACCUGAGGCUGAAGCUGCCCCGAAACCUCUCCGCCAAGCACUUGCAGAAGUGUUUGGAGAGCUGGGAGGAGGGAAGCUGCAGCGAGCCGGAAGACACCAGCGAGGAGACCUCGGCGUCGGAAUCGGAGCGCGAGGCCCACUCUGCGAGGCGGCCCGUUCGUGGCAGCCUGGUUGAGCGGCUGACGGAGCUCGCUCGGCGGGAGCGCUUCGGGGAGGCCCCUGAGUUCGAGACGGAACAGUUGAAAGCUGCCGCAGCGGUUUUUUGCACGCUGAGCUGUGCGGGAAGGCCUGGAUUGCAGAUGACCCUGCGCGAUGGCAUCGAGACGGUUUUGGUGGACGAGGCAGCGCAAGCAAUCGAAGCCGAGACUUUAGUUCCCCUUUGCUUGCAGCCAAAGCAGCUGGUACUGGUGGGAGAUCCGAUGCAGUUGAGCGCCACUGUCUGUCACUCCGACAUGGCGAAGAGCGCACAUUUCUGCCGGUCCAUGAUGGAGCGGCUGAUGGGGCUUGGACAGGAGCACAUCAUGCUCCAGGAGCAGUACCGUAUGCACCCAGAGAUCAGCCGCUUCCCCUCGGCUCGAUUCUAUGGAGGGCGGCUGGUGGACGUUCUGGCUGGAGGUUCUCAGGAUUCCAAGCACCAAGCUUUACCACCAUAUGCCGUCGUGGAUGUGGCUGGUACUGAGGAGGUAUACCACCAGGAAAGCCGCAUCAUCAACAGACGUGAGGCAGAAUCUCUGGCUUGCUUUGCAAAGCGCUUAGCCUCUGUUGCUUGCAUGGGGCAAAACGGGCUCGUGACAAGGCGCUGCCCCCCUCUUGUGGUCAUCACCUUUUACAAUGGCCAGGCUGCAUUGAUCCGAAAGUUGCUUGUGGAGACAGGCAUUGAGGUGCACACCGUCGAUAGCUUCCAAGGAUCUGAGGCGGAAGUCGUUCUGCUGUCCUUCGUUCGGGCGAAUGCACAGCGUCGCCUGGGAUUCCUUUCUGAGUUUCGGCGCCUGAACGUGGCUUUGACCAGAGCCAAGCACUCGCUCAUUCUCUUUGCCAAUGCUGCCCUGCUGAAAGGAUCCUUUUCAGAUGACGUGACUGCGCUCUUUGAAGAUGCCUCCCGACGCAAGUUGAUCUGGAAAGAGGAGCAGCUCAGUCAACUUCUCUCCUCUACGUCUGGCGUCCGUCAAGCCGCGCCGCUGGUUAACGAACAGCUGGGGCAGCGCAGCCCUGCGAAGCGGGCCUUUUCAAGCCCUGAGUUCACAAAGGGCAAGAACUUAUGCGGAAGAAAGCGACAAAGGCAGCCGGAGUCCAAAGCUUUCACGGAUGCGCCUCUGAAGGAGCCGCUGCAGCCGAGGAGGCCAGCGCCUUGCCGCGCCCGACGAAAGCCGCGAACGAGAUGCAAGGGCAAACGAAGAAAAAAAACCGAAUGA